CUAGUGCUGACGGUGUGUCUGAUGUUUGCGAUCGGUGCGAUCAGUUCGGGAAAAUAGAAAUUCGAAAUUCAGUAAUAGAUUAACACUCGGGGAGCUCGCUUCGUUUCCACGCAAGGAUAAUAAUUGUGCUGUGUCUCUUGCACUGUGUUAUCUGUAGUCUAGUUAGUUUAAGAGCCUGAGCCGUUGAAGACGAUAAUAAAUAAAGAACCCUCAGCAUGGGGGUGGCUGAAGAUUUCGCUCCCAGCUUUGUGAAGAAACCACAAUUGCACCAGGAAGAUGACGGCAAUCGUUUGAUAUUUGAAUGUCAACUACUAUCGUCGCCGAAGCCGGAUAUCGAAUGGUUUCGCAGUGACAACAAAUUAACAGAGGAUGCUCGAACUAAAUUCAAAAUCCAGCCCAUUGGGGACAACAAGUUUACGGUAGUAUUAGAACUGGACGAUGUAGUUGAAACAGAUGCUGGCCUUUACAAGGUCAAGGCCAAAAACAAAUCGGGCGAAGUGUCCGCAUCAAUUAAUUUAAAUUUCACACUGGGCAAGUUUUCUGUUCUCGAAGACUUAAGACAAAUCGACGGAAUCGCGCCGACAUUCGCGAAAAAACCCGCCAUACGACAAGAAGAAGAUGGUAAACGUCUUUUAUUUGAGUGCCGUGUUAAUGCAGAUCCCUUACCGAACAUCACUUGGUUCCAUAAUGGUACGCCCGUAAAGGAAUCUUCAAGACAUAAGCUAACCAUCGAUAAAGAUGUCCACUCGUAUUUUGCAACACUUGAAAUACAAAAUGUUACAGUUGAGGAUGCUGGCAAAUAUAAAGUGAAUGCAAAAAACGAGCUGGGAGAAAGUAAUGCGACAAUCAGCCUCAACUUUGACAGCGACGAGGCUCCCGUGCCGGAGAGCACAGAUGGAAUUAGACCGACAUUUACGGAGCGUCCCGUUAUUUGCCAAAGCGAAGAUGGCGGAAAUGUCACAUUUGAAUGUAGAUGCGUUGGAGAUCCCACACCAACGGUUACCUGGUCCCACGGCGAGACUGUAUUGAGCGAGGGCAAACGCUACAAAAUGUCAUUGACUCUGGAUCAGAAACUAUAUCAUAUGGCACGAUUAGAGAUAAGCAGCGUUGUCUCCAGCGAUCAGGGCGAGUAUCGAGCCCAAGCGAAAAAUAAACAUGGCACCGGUGUGGCAACGAUUAAUUUAAAUUUUGAAAGCGGCUCGAAAAAAAUUCCUGAUGGUAAGUCGCCGCGUUUCCCUAAAAAGCCAACAAUACGACAAGAGGAGGACAUAUUGAUAAUGGAAUGUAUACUGGAAGCACAUCCAGUGCCGGAUAUAACCUGGUAUUGCUCAGAUAAGCAAAUCACAGACAAUCAAAGAACCAAAAUGACCCGCAAGGCAAUUACCAAAGAUAGUUAUAUCUUAACCCUCGAGAUACAAAAUCCAACUAAAGAUGAUGGAGGCAACUACAGAUGCAACGCGAUAAAUAUGUUUGGGGAAAGCAAUGCAAAUAUAGCGCUUAACUUCCAAGGCGCAAAUGAUGCAAAUGGAUUUGCACCCUCGUUUAUUGAGAAACCAAGGAUUAUACCAAAUGAAACAGGAACUUUAAUCACCAUGAAGUGCAAGUGCAAAGCGAAACCAGAACCAACUGUGAGUUGGUACAGAGGACAAGACCUCGUGGAGAAGAGUAAAAAAAUCAAAAUCAAUAGCACAGUUAUUGCUGAAGACACCUACGAAUUGACGUUGGAAAUUAAGGAUCCUGGCGCAACUGAUGGUGGCACUUACAGAUGCAAUGUGAAAAAUGAAUACGGUGAAUCAAAUGCUAAUUUGAAUCUAAAUAUUGAAGCUGAACCCGAGCCUGAGGGCGAAGGUCCAACGUUCAUUGAAAAGCCGCGCAUUAUAUCGGAAAAUAACGGUAAACUUGUUAUAAUGGAGUGCAAGGUUAAGGCAGAUCCAAAACCAGAUAUCGUAUGGUUCCGCAAUGGUGAGGUCAUUAAGGAGACCAACAAGCUCAAAAUGUCCAUGGAACAGCGUGGAGAUCAAUACUAUAUCAAAUUGGAAUUGAUUGAUCCUCAGUUGGAAGACUCGGGUCUUUACAAAUGUAACAUUAAGAACACAUUGGGCGAACUGAACGCCAAUCUCACUCUUAACAUUGAAAUUGUACCUGUUAUCAAGGACAAGCCCAAAAUUAUUAAGAUCAUUAAGAAGCGAACUGUGGUUAUCGAAUGCACCGUUUCAUCGAAAUUCGAACCAAAAUGCACUUGGUACAAGGAAACUAAUACGGUUCAAGAAAGCAAACGUCACGUUUACAUCGUGGAAAAGACUAAAGAAGGCGAAUUUGCUGUUAAGCUGGAGAUCAAUGAGGUUGAAGACACUGAUAAGGGCGCUUACAAAUUGGUGGCCAGUAACGAGAAGGGAGAAGCAGUGUCGCAAGUUGUCAAUCUUGUUGACAUUCCGGAGGAAGAACGCAAACCUACGAAACCAGAAAUUAGCCGUAAACUUGUGGAUCAAAAGGUCACUGAAUCAAAGACUUUUGAGCUAUUGAUCAGUCUUAAGCAAUCGGAUCGCAAGUGUAAAGUGGAGUGGUUCAAGGGAAGCACUCUCAUUCGGGAGACAAAGGAUAUUACAACCACAUUUGAUGGAACUACGGCAAGACUAACAUUCAGUUCUGCCAGAUCCGAGCAUACAUCAAAUUAUAAGGUCGUGGUUGUAAACGAGGCUGGCAAGGAUGAGUCAACUUGCAAGAUCACUGUGGAGAAGAAGGACAAAAAGAAAGAUGAGAAGGCUGAACAAGAAAAGGAAGAAGCUGAAAAGAAACGAAAGGCUGAAGAAGUGAAAGCAGAAGAUAAGCCCAAAGAUCAAGAGCCAGAAAAACAGGAAGAGGUUGAAGAGAGCAAUAUAAAGGACGACAAGAGUGAGCAGAAUAAAAAAGAGGAGGAAGCUGCUGUCGCGAAACCUGAAACUAAAAAUAAAUCAGAUAAAUCAGAUGAUAAUCUGAAUGAAGUGGAAGACAAGCCAAAGAAGAAAACAGACAAACCUAAACCCGAUGACAAAGAAAAAACACUUUCCGAAGAACAGAUACAAAAUGACAAGAAAGAGAAAAUUGCGGAAAAGAAAAAAGAUGAUGACGAUAAAAAAGUCAAGUCUUUGGAAAAGAAAAAAGACGAAGCACAGCCAGAAGAAAAGAUAAAAACGGACAAAAAAGAAAAACCUGCAGAAAAGAAAAAGCCCGAAAAAUUUUCCGAAGAGCAGGCUACUAAAGAAAGUCCGAAAUCCAAGGCCCAAGAUAAGCAUAAAGAAACUGAAUCUCAGCCAGAGGUUAAGAAAAGCGUUGAGGUUAAGAAAAAGGAGCCCAAAGAGCAAUCCAAUAUAUCUAGUGCAAAUAACGAUCUUGAAGAAGAUGCACCAGAGCAAGGACCCGCGGAACAAAUAGGCUUGAAGAAGGUUGAACGCAAGGCCAGUGUUGUGUCCAUUAAAGAAGAAUCUACAUCCGAGGUACGCCGUAAGUCCAUAAUCAAGACGAACGAGGAAUCCGUGGUUGAAGAUACGAAAGUAUCAUCAAGAAGAUCCUCACUUGCGAUUGAUAGCUCCGUAUCAGAGUCCCGACGAUCAUCUAUUGUCGAUAAGAAAGCAUUGGAGGAAAAUGUUAGCAGCAAAAAAAUUGAGGCUAAUAAAAAUCCACAAGCCAUUAAGGAAGAAAUACCCAAGCUGAAGCCAGCAGAGAAACGUCGUGUGCCCAAGGCUGUAGAAGAUCCAAAGCCAGCCGAAGAACUACCAAAGUUGCGAAAAACAUCUAUUGCCCAGCCAAAAGAAGAAGCAAAGCCCGAAGCCGCUAAACCAAAGGCCAAAGCAAAGCCAAAAGCGAAGCCAAAGUAUGAGGAGCUUCCAGAAAUUCCAGAUUAUGAACGACCCGCUCUCGAAAAAUAUGAGAAGUCGGAUUUCACGCCAAGCGAUUUUGCUCGUGAACUCGAAAUUCCCAACAAAAUGGAAAAACCGAUAUUGGACGCUGCCAAAAAGCCAACAGAGAUCGAGCCCCAAAAGAAUGGAUUGGCUAAGAAGAGUGAAAUAAUAGAACAGCCAAUGGAGCAACCGAAAGGUAUUAAAAUUGGCAAAGGCAAAUUACCUGUUGAUGAGGAUGUUAGAGACGGCGCUAAGCUUAAGCCCGUAAUUGUUGAACCAGAGAAGGAUAUACCAAAAGAAAACGCUGAUAAAACAGAGGACCUUAAACCAUCUCUGAUGGAUAUUAUAAAGCAACGACGUCGUUCCUCCGUUAGAAGCUUAAUGACCAAGGAACCCAUUCAGAACGAGUCCUUCCUUGGUGUAGUUUUGAAGCCCGUAUUAAAGGAUGCUAAAGAGCAAGUUGAGCCCCAGCAAGCUAAACAAUUACUUAAGGCAAAUGUGACGGAACAAUUUAGUCCCAUGAAAGCAACCAAAGCUCAAAUAUCUGAUAUGAAAAAGCCCGAACCCAUACCCACUAUUGUGGAUGAUUAUGAACGUCCCAAGUUAGAAAAGUAUGAACGUGUCGAUAUUGAGAAAACUAAACCUGAGAAACCCACACCUGUUAUUAACUCCCCGGAAGUACCAGAAGUCAAACUAUCUGUGGAAAAUCCAAAGGAGGACAAAGUAAAAGUACCGAAAAUGCAGCCGCCUGCUCCCGGUGAGCCACCCAAAAUCGAGGUGAUUCGGGAGAAGCGUCCAUCCCUGGCGCCAGAGCCGCCCAGUCGACGUGGCUCCCUAGUCCCACCAGCCGACAUGGGCCGAAGACCGUCCCUGAUCAUCAAUGACGAGAAGAAACUCCGCCCCGGCGAAGUCAUGGAUACACGGUUGUUGAGGCCAGGCGAGGUUGGUGAAGGACAGCGGAGACGUCCCUCCAUUGAUGUGCGCAGACCUAGUGUACAGGACUUGGAAGAUCUUAUCAAUAAACCCUCCACUCCACUGCGCGAUGUCGGUGAUGGCGGACCACCAUCGAUUAUUGAUGUACAGGAAUCAUACUCUGUGGUCGAAGACUCGACGGCUUACCUUACGGUUGGUGUCGAGGGCAAUCCAGCACCAACAUUUAAAUUCUACAAAGGAGUUAGCGAGAUCAUUGAGGGUGGUCGCUUCAAGUUCCUUACAGAUGGCCAAACAAACACAAUCACAUUGUGUAUGCGUAAGAGCAAACCGAACGACGAGGGCAAAUAUAAAGUUGUUGUUUCAAAUAUACACGGCGAGGACUCCGCCGAGAUGCAAUUAUUUGUCUCCGAUUCAAGUGGCAUGGAUUUCCGUGCCAUGCUCAAGAAACGUCGUUAUCAAAAAUGGGACAAAGAAGAGCAAGACCCCAAUUGGGGCGAUCUUAAAGAAACUGAAAAACCAUUGCCGGCUUUAAAGAAAGUCGAAAGGGCGCCAUCAUCGCGUAGGCCAUCCCUAGCAGAGUUGAUCCCCGAUUGGCCGACGUUGCAUCCGUUUCGACGUGAGGAGAAGGUGGAAUCAUUCCUUAGUCCGCUGAUCGACCAGUUCGCUAAGGAAGGAAAGGAUAAGAAAGUGGUAUUUGAGGCGCGAUUCAGCAAACCAAAUUGCAAGCCUAAAUGGUUAUUCCGCAAAGAUGAGGUGUUUACAGGCAGCAAAUUUAAGUUCAAGCAGGAGAAUGAUACAUACCAGUUGAUAAUUACAACGCCUAAGGUCGAGGAUACUGGCAAAUACACAAUUGAAAUCGGAGGCGUUUCCAGCACUGCAUUCCUUAAUGUUGAGGAAGCCGAUCCCACAUAUACAUUUACAAAGCCGCUUAAAAAGAAAAUCGAAGGUUUCACAAGACAUGAAACGACUUUGGAGUGUGCCGUUAGCAGUAGCAUGGCAAAUGUGCACUGGUUCAAGGAUAAUACAAAGCUCGAAUCGGAUGAUCCACGUUAUUUGAUCUCGAAAGAUAUCAAUGGCAAUCUGAAGCUUAUUAUCAAGGAGUCUGUGCUGGAAGACAGUGGCAAAUAUCGUUGCCAAUUGGAUAAGCAACCGGAUAAAACCGAAACCACACUAAAUGUGGUCGAAUAUCCAUACAAAUUUGUCAAGGUCCUCAAAUCACAGCAAUGCAUUGAGAAGGAUACCAUAACGCUCGCUUGUGAAAUCGAUGAUGCCCAAGGCGAUGUACAAUGGUUUAGAAAUGAUGAGGAAAUCAAGCCUGAUAAACGCAUGCAGAUAAUCAAGGAUGGACGAAAGCGUAAGCUUGUCAUCAAAGAUUGCAAAGUAACCGAUGCCGGACAGUUCAAGUGUACAACAAAUGCUGACAAAACUGAUGCGGAAAUUAUAAUAAACUAUCAAAAUCGUUUCAACAAGAAACUUAAAGAUACUGAUGCUGUCGAACGUGAGAAGCUGGUAUUGGAUGUGGAACUACAGGAUCAGACGGCUCCUUGUGAUUGGAAGUUCAAUGGGGAGCCAAUAGUGCCAAAUGAGCGCAUUGAAAUCAAAAAUUUGGGUGGUGGUAAACAUCAAUUGGUAUUCAAUGGUCUAGACCUAACGGAUGCAGGUGAAAUCACCUGUGAAUCGGGCCAACUGAAUUCAGUGUGUAAGCUUUCCGUACGUAAGGGCGAGAGCAGACCCAAUAUUGAUUGCCCAGAUGAGUUUGCUGGCCCAAUAAGUGCCCCUGUAAUCAUUGAAGUGCCAUUCAAAGUAAGCGGUACUAAACAAACUCCAGUUGAGGCCAAAUUAAUUAAGGACGGAAAACCGCUGCCUGUCAAGGAUGUCGAAGUUGCGGUAACGGACGAUAAAGUAACGUUCAAAAUCAAGAAACCAUCAAGGGACUUAUCGGGACCGUAUCAAAUCAAACUAUCGAAUGGACAGGGUGAAGAUACGAAAGAUGUGAACAUUAUUUGCCAAGACGCUCCACAACCACCUCAAGAUGUAGAUGUCACUGAUGUAUAUCAGACAUCGUGUGUCGUUAAAUUCAAACCGCCAGCAGAUGACGGUGGUAGUCCGAUAAUCAAGUAUGUUAUCGAGCGCCAAGACUUAAGCAAAAAACAAGGCUGGGAGCCUGUCGCUGAGGUUCUACCAAGUGAGCCAUGUCUCAAGAAAAUUGAAGACCUGGUGCCAAAGAAGCAGUACAGAUUCCGUAUGCGUGCUGUCAAUAAAAUAGGUCCAUCUGAUCCGGCCACUUUCAAGAAUUCGAUACUUGCCAAGGACCCAUGGGAUGAGCCUGGUAAGCCGAAGGCGGUUGAUCUAACCGAUUGGGAUAAGGAUCACGCCGAUUUGAAAUGGGAGGCACCAGAUAGUGAUGGUGGCGAUCCCAUAACAUCCUAUAUUGUUGAAUACAAAGAGAAAUUCUCAAACGAUUGGGUGGCCGGCAAAGAAGUGCCGGGAGAUGCUAGAACAGCAACCGUUGAUAACCUCAAAGAGGGCCAACAGUACGAAUUUCGAGUCCGUGCUGUUAAUCGGGCUGGACCUGGCGAGCCUAGCGACAAGACUAAAGCCAUUAUUGCCAAAUGCCGUUUCGUCAAACCAUUCCUGGUGGGCGACGGCCUUAAGAAUAUCACCGUGAAGAAGGGACAGACGGUGCGCUAUGAUAUUAAAUACGAUGGUGAACCAGAGCCAACAGCCAGUUGGAUCAAGGACACACAACCGAUUAAAUUCGACAAUCAGCGUAUCUGUCUUGAGCAGCUCGAACGCAAUUCAUCGAUUACAAUCAAGAAGAGUGUGCGCAAGGAUACCGGCAAAUACAAAUUGGUAUUGACGAACAGUUCGGGAACAAUUGAAUCGGAAGCCCAGGUGAUUGUCCUCGAUCGUCCAUUGGCGCCUGGCGGUCCAUUUGAGCCGGAGGAAGUACGUGCCCAUCGCAUUAAGAUGAAAUGGAAGCGUCCAUCCGACGAUGGCGGCUGUGAAAUCACUGGCUAUGCCCUCGAGCGUAUGGAUGAAGAAACUGGCCGUUGGAUACCAGCCGGCGAAGUUGGUCCCGACGAGACCUCAUUCGACUUUAAGGGCCUUACGCCGAACAAGAAAUACAAAUUCCGCGUCAAGGCCAUCAAUAAGGAGGGUGAAUCGGAACCGCUUGAGACAACAGACGCAAUUCUUGCCAAGAACCCAUACGAUCCGCCCAGUCCCCCCAGUCAGCCAGUAAUUGACGACUAUGAUAAUAAGAGUGUAUCGCUUAAAUGGAAGCGACCACCAUCGGACGGUGGUCGACCAAUUACCCACUAUGUUGUCGAAAUCAAGGACAAGUUCUCACCCACAUGGACGGAAGUUGCCAAAACUGAGGAUCCCACUCCCGAAUGUAAGGUUGAGGGCCUUAAGGAGAAAAUGGUCUACCAGUUCCGUGUGCGUGCGGUUAAUAAAGCCGGACCCUCAGAGCCGUCUCAGCCUACAGACAAUCAUCUGUGCAAGCACAAGAACCUCAAGCCACAAAUUGACAGAUCCACAUUCAAGCGGAUCACUAUCAAGAGUGGUCGUACUCACAAGUGGUCGGUCGACGUUACCGGAGAGCCUGUACCGGAAUUACACUGGAGCUGGCGAGAUGAUGUUCCACUAACGACUGGAGAUCGUAUUAGUAUCGAGAAAGUUGACUAUCACACCGACUUUGUUAUCACCAAUGUGAAGCGCCAAGACAGUGGAUUCUAUACCCUGAAGGCUGAGAAUCGAAAUGGCGUUGAUCGAGAGACGGUCGAAUUGGUUGUUUUGGGCAAACCCAGUUCACCGAAGGGACCUCUCGCUGUCAGCGAUGUGACCGCAACCGGAUGCAAGCUGCAGUGGAAGAAACCCGAAGAUGAUGGUGGAGUGCCCAUCAAGGAGUAUGUUGUUGAAAAAAUGGAUACAGCAACUGGUAAAUGGGUUCGGGUCGGACGAUCGCCGGGUGAAAAGGAGCCCCCGAGCUUUGAUGUAACUGGCCUAAAUCCUGGCUCCGAGUACAUGUUCCGCGUAUCAGCUGUAAAUGAGGAGGGCGAAUCCGAGCCACUGACCACACUCGUUGGCGUUGUCGCAAAGGAUCCCUUCGAUGAACCUAAUAAGCCGGGUACUCCUGAAGUCAUUGAUUACGACAAUCAAAGUGUGAAACUGAAAUGGACACCGCCAAAUAAUGAUGGCGGUGCGCCAAUUCAAAAGUAUAUUAUUGAAAAGAAGGAUAAGAAUAAGCCAGAAUGGGAAAAGGCUAUCGAAAUCCCAGGCGAUCAAUUGGAAGCCACUGUUGCAGGUCUACAGGAAUAUGGUGAAUAUGAGUUCCGUGUCAUUGCCGUCAACAAAGCUGGUCCAUCCCCACCGUCAGAUGCCAGUCUGCCCCAAAUCGUCAAGUAUAAGAAAUUGAAGCCCCGCAUUGAUAGAACGAACUUGAAACCUCUGUUAAUUCGCGCUGGAAAGCCAAUUAAGUACGAUGUGAACAUUCGUGGCGAGCCGGUACCAACAGUCCAAUGGUAUCAAAACGACGUCGAGCUCAAGCCUGAGGAAUUGCCAAGCAAUACAGAGAUUAAAAAUAUACCUCACAAUACGAAAAUUGCAAUAAUUGAUGCUGUGAGAAAGCAUACUGGCGUUUAUAAGAUUCGGGCUGAGAAUGAGCACGGUUAUGAUGAAGCAACCGUUGAGGUGAACGUUUUGGGUCCACCUGGAAAACCAAAGGGUCCCUUAACUGUCAACGAUAUUACCAAGGAUAGCUGCAAGCUAAAGUGGAAAAAGCCAGAAGAUGACGGUGGUAAGCCGAUAACGGCUUACCAAGUCGAGAAAUUCGAUAAAAAACAAGGUCGAUGGGUACCUGUCGGUCGAACCUCUGGCAAUGAUACCGAAUUUGAUGUCAAGGGCCUUCAGGAAGGUCAUGAGUAUCAGUUUCGGGUUAAGGCCAUCAAUGAGGAGGGUGAAUCCGAACCUUUGGAGACCGAUGGCAGCAUAAUAGCUAAGAAUCCAUAUGAUGCUGCCAGUAAGCCAGGUACGCCCAAGAUCGAUGAUUACAAUGAGCAUAUGGUUAAGCUUAAAUGGGAGGCACCUAAAGACGAUGGCGGUGCACCAAUUACUGGUUACAUUAUUGAGAAGAAAGAUAAAUUCUCACCCAUUUGGGAUGAAGUUCUUACCACGAAUACACCUACACCAGAGGCAACGGUUGAUGGCCUCACUGAAGGAAACGAGUAUCAAUUCCGGGUUCGUGCUAUUAAUAAGGCCGGACCCAGUGAAGCAAGCGAUGCAACAAAUCCCCACGUAGCCAAACCCAGAAACCUCAAGCCAACGAUAAAUCGUGAAAAAAUGAAGCCCAUUAAAGUGCGAGCAGGUCAAACGGUUAAAUUUGACGUUGAUGUCAAGGGAGAACCGGCACCUACUCUAACUUGGUCAUUCAAGGAGAAGGAAAUUACACCCAGUGGACAAGCGCGCUUGGACAAUGAAGACUACAAUACAAAGCUGACACUAUUAGACACAUCCCGUAAAGAGAGUGGAGUCUAUAAGUUGAGAGCCGAGAAUAUAAAUGGUGUUGAUGAAGCUGAAGUGGAAGUCAUAAUUUUGGAUAAGCCAUCGAAGCCGGAAGGACCUUUGGAAGUAUCCGACAUUCAUAAGGAGGGCUGUAAGCUCAAGUGGAAGAAGCCAAAAGACAAUGGAGGUGUUCCCAUUACCGGAUAUGUUGUCGAGAAAAUGGAUACAGCAACUGGUAAAUGGGUGCCAGUCGGAUCUGUUGAUCCAGAGAAAACAGAAAUGGAUGUAAAGGGCCUAGAUCCCAAUCAUCGUUAUCAAUUUAGAGUUAAGGCGGUCAAUGAAGAAGGCGAAUCGGAACCACUUGAGACUGAAUCAGCGAUUACAGCUAAGAAUCCAUUUGAUAUAUCCGCACCGCCUGGACUACCAGAGCUUGAGGAUUGGGAUGAACAUCAUGUGAAAUUGAAAUGGGAGCCACCUAUUCGCGAUGGAGGCUCUCCAAUUACAAACUACAUUAUUGAAGUAAUGGACAAGGAUUCCGGAGAGUUUGUGAAAGCUGCGGAAACCGAUGGACCCAUUUGCAAAGGUGUCGUCAAAAAACUGGAAGAAGGUCAACAGUAUAAGUUCCGUGUUCGUGCUGUAAACAAAGCUGGUCCCUCCGAGCCAUCUGAGCAAACUAAUUGGCACACGGCCAAGCCGAGAUUCCUUAAGCCGCAUAUAGACCGUACUAAUCUGAAGCCUGUGGUUGUGAAAGCGGGCUUAUCCAUCAGUUUGGACAUUAACAUCAAGGGUGAACCAGCUCCAAAAGUAGAGUGGUUAUUCGAUGGACUACCAGUGGUUAGCGACGAGGAGGGCAUUAAGAUCGAUAAUGUUGAUUAUAAUACGAAAUUCUUUGUUAUGCGAGCAAAACGUCCACAGAGUGGCAAAUACACGAUUAAGGCCACAAACGAAGUGGGUGAGGAUAUUGCCGAGCUGGACGUUACCGUGCUAGGUAAGCCUGGUAAGCCCAAGGGUCCAUUGGAGGUCAAUGAUAUUACGAAGCACAGCUGCAAGCUGAAGUGGAAGAAGCCAGAUGAUGAUGGUGGUGCACCAAUUGAUUAUUAUGAAAUUGAAAAACUUGAUCCACACACUGGUCAAUGGUUGCCAUGUGGCAAGAGCUCCGAGCCAGAAGCCAAGGUAAUUGGACUGCAUGAAGGUAAGCCCUACAAAUUCCGCGUUCGCGCUGUCAACAAGGAAGGUGAAUCUGAGGACUUGGAAACUGAUAAGCCAAUUAUUGCCAAAAAUCCAUUUGAUGAGCCUGACAAGCCGGGUCGUCCAGAGCCUACCAAUUGGGAUAAAGACUUCGUUGACUUGGCCUGGGAUCCACCCAAAAACGAUGGAGGCGCUCCAAUUCAGAAAUACAUUGUUCAAAUGCGUGACAAGUCUGGAAGAGCCUGGGUUGAUGCUGCCACCGUUCCUGGUGAUAAGACAAAAGGUACCGUUACCGGCGUUGAAGAGGGACACGAAUACGAGUUCCGUGUUGUCGCUGUUAAUAAAGCCGGCCCUAGUGAGCCCAGCGAUGUGUCCAAGUCGGUUGUGGCGAAACCUCGCUUCCUAAAGCCCCAUAUUGACCGCAAGAACCUGCAAAAGAAGAUCAUGCGUAGUGGUCAAAUGUUGCAUAUGGAUGCGGCCGUAAAGGCUGAGCCACCAGCUAAAAUCACCUGGACCUACAAUGGUGAAGAGAUUAAGACCAGCGACAGGAUCAAAAUUGAAAAUGAGGAAUACAAAACAACGUUUAUAAUGCCGAAAGUCAAACGAUCCGAUAAAGGUAUCUACACCGUCACAGCGAAAAAUGAUUCGGGCACGGAUACUGUGGAAAUUGAGCUCGAGGUAUUGUGCAAGCCAAGCAAACCAAAGGGUCCUUUGGCCGUUUCCGAUGUUACUGCCGAGGGUGUUCACUUGAAAUGGGAGAAACCAGACGAUGAUGGUGGCGAGCCCAUUGAGCACUACGUGGUUGAACGUAUGGAUACAGAAACGGGACGAUGGGUGCCAGUGAUGACAACGAAAACACCAGAAGCUGAUGUUACCGGCCUUACCGAAGGCAAGGAGUAUUUGUUCCGCGUCAAGGCUGUUAACAGCGAGGGAGAGUCUGAACCCUUGACAACCGACACGCCAAUAACUGCCAAGAAUCCAUACGAUGCUGCGAAUACACCUGGCAAACCUCAAAUCACCGACUGGUCUGCCAAUCAUGCAGACCUCAAGUGGCGUGAGCCCGAAGAUGACGGUGGCGCUCCGAUCACCGGCUAUAUUAUUGAGAAGAAGGACAACAGCGGUAAAUGGCAAAAGGUGCUGGAAACAAAUACGCCGGAUUGCAAGGCACGUGUUAACGAUUUGAUCGAAGGCACCAAAUAUCAGUUCCGUGUGAAGGCCGUCAACAAAGCUGGUCCGAGUAAGCCAUCCGAAGCGUCUGAUCAAAUGAUAGCCAAGGAUCGCUUUGCACCUCCCAAAAUCGAUAGAACCAAUAUCAAGGAUAUCACUAUCAAGGCCGGUCAGCAUAUUCGCUAUGACAUUAAGGUUUCCGGCGAGCCGACACCAACCAAGACCUGGUUCCACAAUAAAGCUCGCAUCGAGGAUGAUGACUAUAAUAUUGAUAUGGAAGCGCAUCGCACAAAACUGGCUGUACCAUUUGCAAAGAGAUUGCACACUGGUAAAUACACAAUCAAGGCCGAGAACGAGUCCGGCCAUGAUGAGGCAUCAUUUGAGGUAACUGUACUGGACAAACCGGCUCCGCCAGAAGGUCCACUGCGUGUCACAGAUGUCCACAAGGAAGGAUGCAAGCUGAAGUGGAAUCCACCUCUCGACGAUGGCGGUUUGCCUAUUGAGCACUAUGUGGUUGAGAAAUUGGAUACAGAAACGGGACGCUGGCUACCGUCUGGUCGCUUCAAGGAGCCAUUCGCAGAAUUAAAUAACCUUGAGCCCGGUCAUGAGUACAAGUUCCGAGUGUUGGCCGUUAACACUGAAGGCGAAUCGGAGCCAUUAACCGGCGAACAGUCUAUAAUUGCUAAGAAUCCAUUCGAUGAGCCCGGAAAGCCUGGCACUCCGGAGCCAGUUGAUUGGGACAAGGAUCGUGUUGAUUUGGUAUGGCGACCACCUCUAAAUGAUGGCGGCUCUCCAAUUACUGGUUAUGUUGUUGAGAAACGUGAAAAGGGUACCGAUAAAUGGAUCAAAGGUGCUGAAAUACCAACACCAGCAUUCGGUGAGGAAUGUAAAGCUACAGUUCCAAACCUUGACGAGAACUGCGAGUACGAGUUCCGAGUUAAGGCAAUCAAUGCAGCUGGCCCUGGUGAGCCAUCCGAUGCGAGCAGAUCGGUCAUCACAAAGCCAAGAAAGCUUGCUCCCAAAAUCGAUCGCCGUAAUGUACGCACAUAUAAUGUCAAGGCUGGUGAACCAAUAUUCUUGGAUAUUAACGUGAGCGGUGAACCAGCUCCCGAAAUUAGUUGGACACAAAAUGGCAAAUCCGUUUAUCCGUCAUCUGCCAGCCGCAUCGAAAACGUUCCCUACAAUACCAAAUAUAUUAACGAUAAUCCAGAACGAAAGGACACUGGAUUGUAUAAAAUUACUGCUCACAAUCUGUACGGACAAGAUCAAGUUGAAUUCCAAAUUAAUAUAAUAACCAAGCCCAGUAAACCUGAAGGCCCUCUGGAAGUAUCCGACAUACACAAGGACGGCUGCAAACUGAAGUGGAAAAAACCAAAGGACGACGGUGGCGAACCAAUUGAUUGCUAUUUGGUUGAAAAAUUCGAUCCUGAAACUGGAGUUUGGAUACCUGUUGGUAAAAGCGAUGCACCAGAGAUGACUGUUGAUGGUCUAAUACCUGGUCAUGAGUACAAGUUCCGCGUGAAGGCUGUAAACAAGGAGGGUGAAUCUGAACCACUGGAGACAUUGGGCUCAAUCAUCGCUAAGGAUCCAUUCACUGCACCCUCAAAACCAGGAGCACCGGAACCUACAGAUUGGACAGCAAACAAAGUGGAGCUUGCAUGGCCAGAGCCUGCAAGCGACGGAGGCUCUCCAAUAACUGGUUACAUAAUCGAAGUUAAGGAUAAGUACAGUCCCCUAUGGGAGAAGGCACUUGAAACAGACUCACCGACACCGGUGGCCACCGUCAAUGGACUCAUUGAGGGUAAUGAGUAUCAGUUCCGUAUAAUUGCCCUAAACAAGGGUGGUCAAUCCGAGCCCUCAGACGCUAGCAAGACAUUCAUAGCGAAGCCCCGCUAUCUUGCUCCAAAGAUUGACAGAAGAAACCUGAGAGAUAUAACGAUAUCAGCAGGAACCGCUCUUAAAUUGGACGCAAAUAUCACUGGCGAGCCAGCUCCAAAAGUUGAAUGGAAAUUCUCAAACUAUCCAUUGCAAGCCGGAAAGAAUACAACCAUUGAAACACCAGACUAUUAUACAAAACUGGUUAUUCGACCAACACAACGUGCUGACUCUGGAGAAUAUUUGGUUACAGCAACCAAUAGCUCUGGAAAAGACAGUGUCCUGAUUAAUGUGAACAUUACGGAUAAGCCCACACCGCCCAAUGGACCACUGCAGAUAUCGGAUGUGCACAAAGAGGGAUGCCAUCUGAAAUGGAAGCGUCCCAGCGAUGACGGUGGUACACCAAUUGAGUACUUCCAAAUUGAUAAGCUGGAUCCCGAAACUGGUAACUGGAUGCCUUGCGCUCGUUCAUCCGAGCCUCAAGCUGAUAUUACUGGUCUGACACCUGGCAAUGAAUAUAAGUUCCGAGUGUCGGCUGUAAAUGCGGAGGGUGAAUCUGCUCCAUUAGUUGGUGAGGAAUCAAUUAUUGCCAAGAAUCCAUUCGAUGAGCCAGGUAAACCAGAGAAUCUCAGAGCAACCGAUUGGGAUAAGGAUCAUAUUGAUUUAGCUUGGACUCCGCCACUUAAUGAUGGUGGAUCUCCAAUUGUUGGUUACCUUGUUGAAAAGAAGGACAAGUAUGGACAGUGGGAGAAAGCCUUGGAAGUACCAGCUGAUCAAUGCAAGGCUACUGUGCCCGAUUUAACUGAAGGCCAAGCCUAUGAGUUCCGAGUAAGUGCUAUCAAUGCUGCCGGUCCCGGCGAACCAUCUGAUGCGACACCACCAAUAACAGCAAAGUCACGCAACAAGCCGCCAGUUAUUGAUCGUUCCAAUUUGAUUGAAGUCCGUAUCAAGGCCGGGCAAGCGUUUGUAUUUGAUUGCAAGGUCUCUGGAGAGCCAGCACCGAAAACCAAAUGGCUGCUCAAGAAGAAAGAGCUCUAUACGAAAGAUAACGUGAAGGUCACACAUCUUGAUUACAAUACCAAAUUGAAGGUAACGAACUCAACACGUGCCGACUCUGGCCUCUAUACGGUACAUGCGGAAAAUGCCAACGGUGAGGAUAGCGCUGAUGUUAAGGUUAUUGUCAUUGAUAAGCCAUCACCGCCAAAUGGACCGCUCAAAGUUGAGGAUGUACAUGCCAAUGGUUGCACGCUCAAAUGGAGUCCACCCGAUGAUGACGGUGGUCAGCCCAUUGAUAGCUAUGUUGUUGAGAAAUUGGAUGAGGCAACUGGACGUUGGGUACCAGCGGGCGAAACAGACGGUCCAACCACAAGCCUGGCAGUUAAGGGCCUAACCCCAGGACACAAAUAUAAGUUCCGAGUUCGUGCUAAGAAUCGUCAAGGAACAUCAGAUCCACUGACAACACCCCAUGCGACUGAAGCUAAGAAUCCCUAUGACGAGCCCACCAAACCGGGCACUCCAACCAUCAAGGACUUUGACAAAGAUUUCGUUGAUUUGGAAUGGGCCAGACCAGAAAGUGAUGGUGGAUCUCCAAUUAGUGGCUACAUUAUUGAAAAGCGUGAUAAAUACGCACCAGAUUGGGAAAAAUGUGCUGAGAUUGAAGGUGAUGUGACCAACGGCCAUGUGCCAGAUUUGAUUGAAGGCGUUAAGUAUGAAUUCCGUGUGAGGGCUGUUAAUAAAGCUGGCCCCGGUACUCCCAGUGAUCCAACUGAGCCUCAUCUUGCCCGUGCCAAGAAUUUGCCACCGAAAAUUGAUAGGAAUUUCAUGUCCGAUAUUAAGGUACGAGCUGGAAAUAUUAUUGAAUUUGAUGUGCCAGUUAUUGGCGAGCCAAUUCCCAGCAAGGAGUGGACUCAUGAGGAUAACAUGGUUAUAAAUACAGAUCGCGUUAAGAUUUCCAAUUAUGAUGAUCGUACAAAAUUGCGUAUACUUGAUGCUAAACGCGCCGACACGGGAUCCUACACACUGGUCGCCCGUAAUAUCAAUGGUGUUGACAGGCAUACCGUGAAAGUGACUGUCCUAGAUGUACCCACAGUACCGGAAGGACCGCUUCGUGGUGACGAGAUAACGAAGAACUCCAUGACCCUACGCUGGAGACCACCCAGAGACGAUGGUGGGUCCGAGAUAACCCAUUAUGUCGUUGAGAAAAUGGAUAAUGAAGCGAUGCGCUGGGUGCCAGUCGGUGAAUGUGCUGGCACUGAGAUUCGCGCUGACAAUCUCAUUGAGAAUCAUGAUUACAACUUUAGAGUACGGGCUGUCAAUAAGCUGGGUCAAUCGCAACCAUUGACCACGUCACAGGCAAUUACAGCUAAAGAUCCAUACUCGCAUCCAGAUAAGCCAGGUCAACCACAAGCCGUCGAUUGGGGCAAGAACUUUGUCGACUUGGAAUGGGCGGCACCAAAACGUGAUAACGGAGCACCAAUCACCUCAUAUAUUAUUGAAAAGCGUCCCAAGUUCGGACAGUGGGAGAACGCUGCCGUUGUGCCCGGUAAUGAGCUAAAGGCCCAUAUACCCGACUUAACCGAUGGCGGAGAAUAUGAAUUCCGUGUUGUGGCUGUGAAUCGUGGUGGACAGAGCGAUCCAUCAGAUCCAUCAGCAACCAUUAUCUGCAAGCCCCGUUUCUUGGCACCAUACUUUGACAAGUCACUGUUGAAUGACAUUACCGUCCAUGCUGGCAAGCGAUUGGGAUGGACUCUGCCCAUUGAGGCAUCUCCAAGGCCAAGCAUCAAAUGGCUAUACAAUGGCAAGGAGAUUCCAUCAACUGACACACGCAUCGAGUCAAAUCUUUUCCAAAACGAGCUCACUUUUGAAAUACCAUCGGCUUUGAGAACUGACGAGGGUCGUUAUACUUUAAUACUAAAGAACGAGCAUGGAUCAUUUGAUGCAUCGGCUCAUGCAACCGUUCUUGAUCGACCAUCAGCACCAAAGGGACCACUGGAUAUCUCAAAGAUAACCAGGGAUGGAUGCCACUUGGCUUGGCAUAUACCAGACGAUGAUGGUGGCUCACCAAUAUUGCAUUAUAUUAUUGAGAAGAUGGACUUGUCACGAGGUACUUGGUCCGAUGCCGGCAUGAGUACACAUCCAGUUCAUGAUGUGAUACGCCUUGUCCAUAAUAAGGAAUACUUAUUCCGUGUCAAAGCUGUCAAUGCCAUUGGUGAAUCUGAGCCAUUGGAGGCGGAGAAGAGCAUAAUUGCCAAAAAUGAAUUCGAUGAGCCAGAUGCUCCUGGUAAACCCGUUGUCACUGACUGGGAUCGCGAUCACGUCGAUCUACAAUGGGCAGCACCCAAAUCCGAUGGCGGCGCACCGCUUACCGAAUACAUUAUACAAAAGAAACAAAAGGGUAGCCCAUACUGGAUAAAUGUGGUCCAUGUACCGCCAAGUUCAACAGCAGCCACUGUUCCCGAACUGGUGGAGGGAGAAGAAUAUGAGUUUAGAAUUAUUGCUGUUAAUCAAGCUGGACAGUCGGAGCCAUCGGAGCCAUCUGAUAUGAUAAUGGCAAAGCCCCGUUAUUUGGCACCAAAGAUCAUAACUCCAUUGCAAGAAGUACGCAUUAAGGCUGGACUUAUAUUCCAUGUCGAUAUCGAUUUCAUUGGAGAGCCAGCGCCCGAGGCCAUUUGGACCCACAAGAAUAAUACAUUGAAAUCGAACGAACGAUCAACCAUAACCUCAAUUGGACACCACACCGUUGUACAUACGGUUAAUUGUCAACGCUCCGAUUCGGGCGUUUAUCAUUUAUUGUUGCGCAACGAUUCUGGAAUUGAUGAGGGCAGCUUUGAAUUAAUUGUCCUUGAUCGUCCCGGCCCACCAGAAGGUCCAUUGGAAUAUGAAGAGAUCACAGCGAAUUCCGUAACGGUAUCAUGGAAGCCACCAAAGGAUAACGGCGGCUCCGAAAUAUCAGCCUAUGUUAUUGAGAAACGGGAUCUAACCCAUGGAGGUGGCUGGGUACCAGCCGUUACCUAUGUGAACGCAAAGUAUAAUCAUGCGGUUGUACCGAGACUUCUCGAGGGCACCAAAUACGAGUUCCGAGUUAUGGCCGAAAAUCUGCAGGGUCGCUCCGAUCCAUUAACUUCAGAACAGCCAGUGAUUGCUAAAAAUCAAUACACCGUACCCGGUGUACCAGGCAAACCAGAAUUGUCCGACAGCGAUAAGGAUCAUAUAACAAUUAAAUGGAAACAGCCCAUUAGCAAUGGCGGAUCACCAAUACUUGGCUAUGAUAUUGAGCGUCGUGAUGUGAAUACUGGACGAUGGAUUAAAAUCAAUGGUGAACCGGUACCGACCACCGAAUACAAUGAUGACAGGGUAUCGCCAAAUCAUCAAUAUCAGUACAGAAUAUCAGCUGUUAAUGCGGCCGGCAAUGGCAAACCCUCCGAGCCAUCAUCGACCUUCAGUGCCCGUCCAAUGCGGGAGAAGCCUAGACUUUAUCUGGAUGGAUUAGUCGGCAGACGUGUCAAGGUUCGUGCUGGUGAGCCAGUUAAUGUAAAUAUACCAAUAUCUGGUGCACCAACGCCGACGAUUGAAUGGAAACGCGGUGAUACCAGAUUGCCGGAGUCGAAAAAGGUCUCGUAUGAUACGAAUUCGGAACGAACCAUUUUCCGCAUUGAUGAUUCAACGAGAAAUGACUCUGGUGUUUAUACAAUUACUGCGAAGAAUGAGUUUGGCAAGGAUUCAGCUGAUAUUGAGGUAAUUGUUGUGGACAAACCAUCACCACCAGUGGGACCAUUAACCUACACUGAGACCGCUCCUGAUCACAUCUCAAUGCAGUGGAAUCCGCCAAAAGAUGAUGGCGGUAGCGAAAUUUCUGGUUACAUCAUUGAAUUCAGUGAGUUCGGUGUGGACGAUUGGAAACCCGUACCGGGCUAUUGCCCCAAAACAAAUUAUACUGUUAAGGGACUUACUGAGGGCAAGAAAUAUGUGUUCCGUGUCAGGGCUGAAAAUAUCCAUGGUGUUUCCGAUGCACUGGAAGGUAAACCUGUUAUCGCUAAAUCGCCAUUUGAUCCACCAGGCGCACCCACACAGCCCCAAGUCGUGGCUUAUACACCAAAUUCAGCAUCCUUGGAAUGGCAUCCGCCAGAUUAUUGCGGUGGCAAACCCAUUUCCGGCUAUAUUGUCGAGAGGCGGGAACGCGGUGGUGAAUGGAUUAAGUGCAAUAACUAUCCUACACCAAAUACAAGCUACACCGUUCCCGAUCUACGUGAAGGUGGCCGUUAUGAAUUCCGUGUGAUAGCCGUUAAUGAAGCGGGUCCUGGUAAGCCAUCGAAGCCAUCAGAUGCAAUUACAGCCGAGCUUCAGCGGUAUCGCCCCGACCCACCGGAGCCACCAAAGCCCGAUCGUAUCACCAAGGAUAGUGUGACACUAUCAUGGCGACCACCUCGCAACGAUGGUAAAUCCAAGAUCAAGGGCUAUUAUCUUGAAAUUCGUCCAAAGAACUCCAAGGAUUGGAGUCCAGUCAAUGAUCUGCCAAUCAGUGGCACGGUCUUUACAGUACCAAAUUUGAAGGAGAGUGAAGAAUAUUCAUUCCGAGUCAUUGCUGAAAACGAUGUCGGUCGCUCCGAUCCAUCGAAGCCAUCGCAGCCCAUAACGAUCGAGGAGCAACCAAAUAAGCCAUGCAUGGAUUUGGGUGGAGUUCGCGAUAUCAUUUGUCGUGCUGGCGAUGAUUUCAGCAUUCAUGUACCAUACGUCGCUUUCCCCAAGCCAACCGCCUUCUGGUACUCCAAUGACACCGUCCUCGAUGAUAAUCAACGUGUGCACCAGCACCUGACCGAUGAAGCCGCCUCGUUUGUUGUGAAGAACUCAAAGCGAUCGGAUUCCGGUCAAUAUCGCUUGCAGCUUAAGAAUCCAUUCGGUUUCGAUACCGCUACCAUAAAUGUUAAGGUCUUGGAUCGUCCCGGACCACCAAAUAAUUUGCGGGCUGAUGAGUUUGCUGGUGAUUCGCUAACACUAUAUUGGAAUCCACCUCGCGAUGAUGGAGGCUCGCCGGUCCAAAAUUAUAUAAUUGAGAAGAAAGAGGCUCGAUCAUCAACGUGGACCAAGGUCAGCAGCUACUGCACGGUUCCAUUUGUUCGAGUACGUAAUUUAACAAUCAACAAGGAGUACGAGUUCCGUGUAUUUGCCGAAAACAAGUAUGGCCAAUCGGAUCCAGCAUGUACAUCAGAGCCCAUACGUGCCAGACAUCCAUUUGAUGUACCCAAUGCUCCUGGCAUACCACGAGGCAUUGACUCAACAGAGGACAGCAUCACGAUUUCGUGGUCGAAGCCCAAGCAUGAUGGUGGCUCGCCCAUUACUGGAUACGUCAUCGAGAAGCGUCUGUUGAGCGAAGAGAAAUGGACCAAGGCCGUUCACCAGCUAUGCCCAGAUCUAACCUGCAAGAUACCUAAUCUAAUUGAGAAUGCUGAAUAUGAAUUCCGUGUUGCGGCCGUAAAUGCAGCGGGUCAAUCGCCGUACAGUGCAUCCAGCGAUCUGAUCUAUUGCCGUCGACCUCCGCAUGUGCCAAAGAUCACAUCGGAUUUGUCGAUCCGGGAUAUGACUGUCAUUGCCGGUGAAGAGUUCCAUAUAACCGUGCCCUAUCACGCCAAUCCACGUCCAACAGCAGCCUGGAACAUUAACGGCAUCGAGGUGGCACAGGAUGAUCGCAUUCGAUUUGAAACCGAUGAUUACAGUUCGGUUUACACAAACAAAUGCGCUAAACGCUCUGAAACCGGCUCGUAUUCGAUCACAUUGACCAAUGUCAAGGGCUCCGACACGGCAUCUUGUCAUGUAACGGUCGUGGAUCGACCCGGAGUUCCGCAGGGACCAUUAAAUGCCUAUGACAUCACGCCCGACACUUGCACACUGGCCUGGAAGACGCCCCUCGAUGAUGGCGGCUCACCGAUCACCAACUAUGUGGUUGAGAAAUUGGACAACAGCGGCACGUGGGUGAAGGUCAGCAGCUUUGUGCGUAAUACUCACUACGAUGUAAUGGGUCUGGAACCGAAUCACAAGUACCAGUUCCGCGUUCGCGCCGAGAAUCAAUACGGCUUAUCUGAUCCUCUUGAUUUGGCGGAGCCAGUGACGGCUAAGCAUCAAUUCACGGUACCUGAUGAGCCCGGUCAGCCAAAGGUAAUCGAUUGGGAUUCUGGUAAUGUUACCUUGAUCUGGACACGACCUGCCAGCGAUGGAGGAUCGCGUAUUCAGGGCUAUCAAAUUGAAUACAGAGACAUUGUGAACGAUUCGUCGUGGAAUACAUAUGAGUAUCUAAUCAAGGAUACCAAAUAUCAAUUGUAUAACCUGACAAACGGUAGCGAAUAUGAGUUCCGCAUCAAGGCAAAGAAUGCGGCCGGCUUUAGCAAACCAUCGCCACCAUCGAUGCGAUUUAAGCUCAAGGGUAAAUUCAGUGUACCCUCACCCCCUGGAACACCGCAAGUAACCAAAGUUGGCAAGAACUAUGUUGACUUGAAAUGGGAGAAACCAGUUAGCGACGGCGGAUCUCGCAUCACCGGCUACAUUAUUGAAAGACGCGAUAUUGGCGGUGCCGUAUGGGUUAAGUGUAAUGACUACAAUGUUCUCGAUACUGAAUUCACGGUCAUCAAUCUCAUUGAAAUGGGUGACUAUGAGUUCCGCAUAUUUGCCAUCAAUGCAGCUGGACGCUCAGAGCCCAGUCUAUGCACCAUGCCGAUAAAGGUUUGUGAAGUCUUGGGUGGCGAGAAACCCGAUUGGAUAUCUCGACUACAAAACAGGGUGGCUCCGUGUGGCAAGGAUUUCACAUUGCAAUGCGCUGCAUCCGGUAAACCCAGCCCCACGGCCAGAUGGCUACGGAAUGGCAAAGAAAUUCAAAUGGGAGGAGGACGCUUCACAUGCGAUAGCAAGGAUGGUGUCUUCAGGCUUCACAUAUCGAAUGUACAAUCUGGCGAUGAUGGUGAUUACACCUGUGAGGCCAUCAACUCACUUGGAUUUGUACAUACAUCGGGAUAUCUGAAGGUCGGCUCCGCACCCAUCAUUAACAGAUGCCCCAGCGAGCUCUAUCUACCCGAGGGUGAUAAUACUAAGAUUAAAGUCUACUACUCGGGCGAUCAGCCGCUAACUGUGAAGAUAACCAGGAAUAACGAGAGUAUCGCCGAUGGCCUUGAUGAAUCACACAUAAGAUUUAAUGUCUUUGACGAUUAUAUUGCCAUAUUUAUCCGUGAUAUCGUUAAGAACGAUGCUGGCCAUUAUCAAAUUGAGCUAAGCAAUGAUUCGGGAUCGGCGACCGGACAGUUUGAUGUCUUCAUUACUGGACUACCAUCGGCGCCCACUGGACCAAUGGGUAUUUCCCACAUCAAUAAGCAUUCGUGCACACUGACAUGGCGUCCACCGACCUAUGAUGGUGGCUUAAGGAUAACCCAUUAUGUGGUUGAGCGUAAGGAUAUAUCGUCACCGCACUGGAUUACAGUGUCCAGCACGUGCAAGGACACAUCGUUUAAUGUACAGGGACUGAUUGAGAACCAAGAGUACAUAUUCCGUGUCAUGGCUGUCAAUGAGAAUGGAAUGGGUCUGCCGUUAGAGGGACUGAAUCCGAUCCGUGCCAAGGCACCAGUCGAUCCACCAUCACCACCAGGCAUUCCACAGAUCACUGAAAUCGGCGGAGACUUUGUCCACUUGGAAUGGACCAAACCCGAGUCGGAUGGCGGUGCUCACAUUCAAGGCUAUUGGAUUGAUAAGCGUGAAAUUGGCAGCGACACCUGGCAGCGGGUUAAUCCCAUCAUUUGCCUACCAAACCAAGCCAAUUGUCACAAUCUCAUUGAAAGCCGUCAGUAUGAGUUCCGCAUUUUCGCCCAAAACAUUGCUGGCCUAUCAAAGGAAUCGACUGCAUCGCAGCCCGUGAAGAUCAUCGAUCCAAAGGCGGCCUCAGCUCCAAUCAUUGUGAAGCCCAUGCGCGAUGCAAACUGCAUUCAAAAUCACAAUGCACAAUUCACAUGCACUAUAACUGGCGUACCCCGACCAGUAAUAUCCUGGUAUAAGGGAGCUCGCGAAAUCACAACUGGAGCUCGCUAUCAUAUCUAUUCGGAGGGUGAUAAUCACUUCCUCAACAUCAACGAUGUAUUUGGCGAGGACGCUGAUGAAUACGUUUGCCGUGCUGUGAACAAAGCCGGUGCCAAGUCGACUCGUGCUGCUCUGGCAAUUAUGACUGCUCCAAAACUGAAUGUGCCGCCAAGAUUUAGAGACACUGCCUACUUUGAUAAGGGUGAAAAUGUAGUGAUUAAAAUACCUUUCACUGGAUUCCCCAAGCCACGUAUUCACUGGGUUCGAGAAGGUGAAAAUAUCGAAUCUGGUGGUCACUAUAAUGUUGAAGUCAAGGAACGUCACGCAGUAUUGACUAUUCGUGAUGGCUCUCGUUUGGAUUCGGGACCAUAUCGAAUUACGGCGGAGAAUGAGCUUGGCUCGGACACUGCAAUAAUUCAGGUGCAAAUCAGUGAUAGACCAGAUCCACCACGAUUCCCACUGGUCGAAAGCAUUGGCACAGACUCACUGUCCCUGAGCUGGAAGGCACCUGUUUGGGAUGGCGGUAGCGACAUUACCAAUUACUUGGUUGAGCGCCGUGAGCAUCCAUUGUCCUCGUGGAUUCGUGUGGGCAACACACGGUUUACAUCAAUGGCUGUUACUGGCUUAACAUCUGGCAAGGAAUACGACUUCCGUGUUUUCGCCGAUAAUGUCUAUGGACGUUCCGACUCAUCGGAUAUCAGUACAUUGAUCAAAACUAAAGAGUCAAUCAAGAAGAAACCAACCGAACGCAAAUGGGAGUUGGAUGAGAAUGGCAAGAGGAUACGCGGCAAAGCCGAUGGACCAAUUAAAGAUUACGAUUCCUAUGUAUUCGAUAUCUAUUCGAAGUUUGUGCCACAGCCAGUCGAAAUAUCGCAGCAAAGUGUCUAUGAUAGAUACGAUAUACUGGAGGAGAUCGGAACUGGCGCAUUCGGAGUUGUCCAUCGAUGCCGUGAGCGUAGUACUGGCAAUAUUUUCGCAGCCAAAUUCAUACCCGUAUCUCAUACUGUUGAAAAGGAUCUGAUUCGUCGCGAAAUUGAUAUCAUGAAUCAAUUGCAUCAUCAAAAGCUAAUCAACUUACACGAUGCUUUCGAAGAUGACGAUGAAAUGGUGCUCAUUCUGGAAUUCUUAUCUGGAGGAGAACUAUUUGAGCGCAUUACAGCAGAAGGCUAUGUAAUGACCGAAGCUGAAGUCAUCAACUACAUGAGACAAAUUUGUGAAGGCAUCAGACAUAUGCACGAAAGAAAUAUAAUUCACUUGGAUAUCAAACCGGAGAAUAUUAUGUGCCAGACUCGUAGUAGUACAAGUGUUAAGCUUAUUGAUUUCGGCUUAGCCACACGAUUGGAUCCAAAUGAAAUGGUUAAAAUCACAACAGGUACAGCUGAGUUCGCAGCUCCGGAAAUAGUCAAUAGAGAACCCGUUGGCUUCUACACCGAUAUGUGGGCAACGGGAGUACUUGCCUAUGUACUAUUAAGCGGACUUUCUCCAUUUGCUGGCGAUAAUGAUGUGCAAACAUUGAAAAAUGUUAAGGCUUGUGACUGGGACUUUGAUAUGGAGGCUUUCAGGCAUAUUUCGGAAGAGGGUAAGGACUUUAUUCGGAAACUGCUGAUGGCCAACAAAGAGAAACGAAUGACUGCUCACGAAUGCCUGUUGCAUCCCUGGCUGACUGGAGAUCACAGUGAGCUAACCCAAAAGAUUGCUCGCGAUCGCUAUUUGGCAUAUCGCGAGAAGCUGCGAAAGAAAUAUGAAGACUUUGAGAAAUAUCUACUGCCAAUCGGUCGCUUAUCUGAAUAUUCAUCAUUGCGUAAAUUACUUAUGGAGAAAUAUAAGAUGCACGAUGCUGUCUUCGAUCGACGACAAGCCGCUCCACGAUUUGUCAUUCGCCCGUCUUCGCAAUUCUGCUAUGAAGGCCAGAGUGUUAAGUUCUAUUGCCGAUGCAUUGCGAUUGCCACGCCUACCCUGACUUGGUCCCACAAUAAUAUUGAGUUGAGGCAAAGUGUUAAGUUCAUGAAACGAUAUGCUGGUGAUGAUUAUUACUUUAUUAUUAACCGUGUAAAACUUGAUGAUCGUGGGGAGUAUAUUAUAAGAGCCGAGAAUCACUAUGGAUCAAGGGAGGAAGUCGUUUUCCUCAAUGUUCAUCCACUGCCAAAGGAACAGCCAAGAUAUCGUACCGAAUCGACGCCUGUUCGACGCCGUGAGCCCUUGCCCUACACUUUCUGGCAGGAGGAAUCAGAGUCGGCACCCAGUUUUACAUUCCUACUACGUCCCCGUGUCAUGCAAGCUCGUGACACCUGCAAGCUCCUCUGUUGCCUCAGUGGAAAGCCUGUGCCGACCGUUAAAUGGUAUAAGGAUGGCCGUGAGCUAAGCAAAUACGAGUAUGCCAUGACACAUUCAGAUGGUGUUGUCACUAUGGAAAUUAUUGAUUGCAAGCCCUCCGAUUCUGGCAAAUACACUUGCAAGGCAUCCAAUUGCCAUGGCACCGAUGAAACCGAGUGUGUUGUUAUUGUUGAAGGCGAAUGGGUUACGCCUGAGCAGGCUGAACUUGCCCACAAUUUCCUUUACUCAGGAGAUCGAAAGUAUAUAGAACAGCACAUGAAGCCGGCUCCUCCACCAAUUAUCACAGCCCGCCACUUUACCUCGUCGUCCUGCAGUACCACCAGAACAACGGCGGAUGGCAAGACUGUCACAACUACAAGCAAUAAUAGUUCCUCAACCACUCAGAAUAGCAUUUCGAGUAAGAAGAAAUAUGCGGCCAAUUCCUUACAGGCACCAGGUAGCCCGUCAAGAUCUCGAAGUGCCACCAAAGAACUAAUACUCCCUCCUGAUGACUCUUUAAUGUGCAAACCCGAGUUUACGAAACCACUUCAUGAUUUGACCAUUCGCGAUGGCGAGCAGUUGGUUUUGAGUUGUCAUGUUAAAGGAGACCCGGAACCACAAAUCACAUGGUCCAAAAACGGAAAGUCAAUUUCCUCCUCUGAAAUAAUGGAUCUGAAGUAUAAAAAUGGUAUCGCCACCCUCACAAUCCACGAAGUGUUCCCCGAAGAUGAAGGCGUCUUCUCCUGCACGGCAACAAAUUCAAUUAGUGCUGUCGAAACCAAAUGCAAGCUGACCGUCAAACUAUUGGAUAAGCAGUCAAGCAAACGGGUGGCAACUGGAAGCGAUAAGCCACCUAAAAUUGUCAGCCACUUGGAAUCGCGAUUCGUGAAGGAUGGAGAUGCAGUUACAUUGGCCUGUCGUAUUAUUGGAGCUGAACAUUUCGAUGUUGUUUGGUUGCACAAUAAUAAGGAGAUCAAGCCAAGCAAGGACUUUCAAUAUACGAAUGAGGCGAAUAUUUAUCGGCUACAGAUAGCUGAGAUAUUCCCUGAAGAUGGCGGCACCUACACAUGUGAGGCCUUCAACGAUGCAGGCGAAUCGUUCAGUACCUGUACCAUAAAUGUCACUGUACCUGGCGAUGAGCCCAAACAGCCAAACUUUGUCAAAUUUCCAAUCUCCGUUUCCGUAACUGAAGGAGAGAACGCCAACUUUGAGUGUGAGUUCGAUGGCGAGCUGCUUAAUCUGGCUUGGAUAAAGGAUGGCAAACCCAUUGAUGAAUCACGAUCGAGAUACUCAUUCACUAAGGAUAACAAUCGCUAUGCGUUUGCAAUAACCAAAUGCACAUUGGAUGAUGUUGGCCAAUAUCAAGCCAAGGCAAUGACCAAAAAGGGUGAAAGCUUGUGUGCAUUUUCAGUAAAUGUGCAGAGUAGCGAUGCCUAAGCAAAUCGAAUUUAAUUAGACUGCUCAUCAAUUAGAUAUCAUUUAAUAAAUAUGCAUAUUUCAUUUCACAAUAAGUCUUGAAAUUACCAAAAAUUGUAAAAUCAAAUCAAAUCAAAUUCAGAACAAACAAAAUAUGUAUCCGGAACAACAGAAAAGAUCAGUAAUUACAAACUUGAAACAUAUUUGGACUCAUCGAUUAUACGAUCAUUACCUAAUUAUUAUACUUAUUUUUAGAGAUAAAUCAAAAGAACAACAAACUUACGUUUAAGCGAGAUGUACAAUGUAACUUCAUAUUUAUACAAUUUUUAUGUACAUUUACUGACAAUACGAUCAAUCCAUUCUAUCAACAAUUUAUAGUUUAUAUAGAAGAGGUGACCAAAACUAAUCUGUGCCAUCUGUGCGUCUUUGCUGGCAUCCUCACUCAACAUCUAUUAACCUGCAAAAGUCGUCCAUGUGGUUCAGAGAUGUUUUCGGCUUUUUUCCUUUUAUCUGUAUAAGUUAUAUAACACACGAUUGCGGCUAUUGACCCAAAAAAUACACUACAUUAAAGGCAGAAAAUAUGAAAUCGAAAUCAAAUAAACGAAUAAAAUGCAAUAAUUAAUAAA